AUGACUAUUUGUGUCAAAAUAAAAAAAAUACGUAAAACCUUACAAGCUUCCGCGCAACCCUUUAGCAGAAUAGUUUUAGAGAGUUCGAUUAAAGAAACCUUCAAAGUAAAACGAAAGUAUAGUUUACAACUUUGUUUCUUGAGGUACAUCGCUUGUUCUUACCCUGCCGCUGGGACGGUGCUCGCCGUCGCCAGCUUCGAGGAGCGCAUAGCAUUCGGUGGUACAACACCUGUAUUCAACAUCGUCACCUUCCACGACCCCAAGCAUGAGAAGUACGAAGGACCGCCAGAUGACGAAUACAAUUACAACAAAUCCGUUACUUUGUUUCACGAUGAUGACGCUACUAGUAUAUAUUCAGCCUUCGAGAAUACGGCACUGCCGACUCAGAGUAAUACUAAAAGUACUAUCAAUUGUUGA